GAAAAAUUUAUAUUGUAGUGUAGUAGGUUUAUCAAUAAGUUUCAAAAAUUUAAAUACCGAGAAAUAAUUAUGUUCCGAUUCGUUGCAGCCUUAUUUAUUUUAGGUAUCCUUCCUUAUAAAGCUGUUAUUGGAAGCACAGAGUUCCCACAAGAAGAAGCCGUUGAAACUACAACAAUUGAUUAUAACGAUAAAAAUGAUUCUACUAAAGAUGUAUACGUCAUUAGAAAGGUGGUUUAUGAAAUUGGGAUUUUAACAGAGACGGACAACAAUACAAACUUUGAUAAUAAGACUCACGAACAAGUUGAUAUAUCAUUCUUCGACCCAGCUGAUAAUGGAACGUUUAUUGAUCUUUCCAAAAUUCCCAUUCCAGUUGAAGCUAACAUCAGCGGCGUUGCCGUUACAGGCAUCGUAACAUCCAACAUCGGCGGCUUAGUUUUUCCCUCGAACGACAGCGCUAAACCUAAGGAAAACAGUUUCCCAAUUUUUCCGGAUAAGCAGGUGAAGGUAACUAGGAAUAUAUCUACAACGGACCAAGAGCAGAGCGCCAAUAUUUUGUCAGGUAUAUCUGAUGUAUUGGGCCUCUCUAAGUUAGUAAAUACCAAACCUAUCCAAGAAGAAGAUGAUAAUGCAAACCAGUAGAGAUAAUAAGUAACUAAUAGUACACAGGCCUUAAAAAAUAUUAUUGGAUUGUAGAUAUGUAACGUAUAUACCUUUAUGGUUGGUUCUUUUCUUGAAGAAAAGCUCUGGGUUUUUGGCCUCUGGAAGAGGGGCCCAUAAGAUGGAAGGGUUACUUUUUGAGGACACCACAGUGUUGAGGCCAAGCUUGUCGGUGGCUCUUUUCUGGCAGGACAGAUUUGCCUAGCCGGCAAAAAAUGCUUAGCAUUUUUGAAGGUAUAUUUUAAUUACCCUGCAAAUUUGUUGUAAACGUAAUAUUUUGUAAUGUUUAUAUUAUAGGGCUGUUACUUGUUUUUCUUUACAUUUUAAGUAUAUUGACUGUUUUUUUAUUAUAUAAAUAUUUUUAGUAAUUUAUAGUAAUGUAAUAAUGUAUUUAAAUAUAAUAAACAAAUGAUGUUAUCGU